AAUGACCCGCCCUUCGCCUGCGCCACCCCGGCUGGCUUUGUGUCCCUGGAUAGGACUGACUGACGCCCCUCGCUCGCUCGCUCGCUUCCUCCAUUGCUGCCCCUUUCCCCUUCACUGCCCGACGCUCUCGAACUUGCCGACUCCUCUUUUUUCUGAUUGCCACUCGGCGAAGAAGUGGAGCUCGUGCUACUGAUUCUUCUUCUUCUUCUUCUUCGCCUGCAUUCCAUUGUGGUGUUCGGUAUCGGAAGCAGGGUGCAGGAGGGAUGGCGUCGCGGAGCUGGUCGGGGACUCAGUUCUGACGCGCUGUGGCGUGGAGAUGUGAACGGGAUUUAGCGAUUUUCUUGGAGCUCUAAGGCAAUGAAACGAAACAUGUCGAAAUUCUGUCCAGAAUAGCUUCUCAUGAUAACCGAGAUACUCCACAGUAUAGUAUACUAUUGAGUGCCGUCAAUGCAUCGUUUGCCAGCUGGCACCAGCUCUGGUUUUUCGUCUAAAGGGUUGAAGGAUGGCAUUUGCAGCGGCAGCAUCCCCCCUGUGUACUUGGUUGAUAGCCGUUUGUGUAUCUAGUUCUCCAUCAGGACGCUCUAGUGGUGAUGGAUCAAUAAGCUCAGGGUCUCUGGGCAGAAGUCUUAGGAGGAGAAUUUCACGCUCUAGGCAGUUGGUUGCAGAAAGUUGGUUUCCAACCGUCGGCAUCCAAGCAGCAAGUUUAUCUGGACAAGGUUUAGUAGCAUAUUGUGGAAAUGGUCUUUCGGAAUUAGGAAGUUUUUGCAGUUUACGAGGAUGCAAAGAUUAUAACAACUUGAAGCACGAGCCUCUGUUUGGAGGGGAUUUGGCGAGUUUAGGAGGUCUAGGAAAUUUGAUAAGCUUCGGCACAAAACCUGUAAAAGCUGGUCGGAGGCUCGGCAGAGCUGCAGCAGGAAAGGCUACAGCCGUCGCUGUACAACCAUCUAAGGAGUCCAAUCAGAAAAAGAAUAAAAAAACCGCAACUAAACAAAGAAGGGUUGUUGUGACCGGUAUGGGUGUGGUAUCUUGUCAUGGUCAUGAUCCGGACACAUUCUAUGAGAAUUUAUUGGCGGGGAAAAGUGGAAUCACAGAGAUAGAGAGAUUCGAUUGCAAGGACUUUCCAACAAGGUUUGCUGGUGAAAUUAAGUCGUUUUCAACGGAUGGCUGGGUGGCUGGGAAGUUUGCAAGGCGCAUGGAUAGGUUCAUGCUGUAUCUUCUUACAGCAGGAAAAAAAGCUGUGAUGGACGCUGGUAUUACAGAAGACAUUAUGAAAGACCUUGACAAGUCAAAAUGCGGCGUUCUUAUUGGAUCUGCAAUGGGAGGGAUGCAGGUAUUCAAUGAUGCCAUAGAGGCAUUGAGGAUUUCUUAUCGAAAGAUGAACCCAUUCUGUGUACCUUUUGCGACCACAAACAUGGGCUCAGCUAUGCUGGCCAUGGAUUUGGGGUGGAUGGGACCUAACUAUUCAAUAUCAACAGCUUGUGCUACAAGCAAUUUUUGUAUUCUUAAUGCUGCAAAUCAUAUCAUUAGGGGAGAAGCUGAUGUUAUGUUAUCAGGAGGCUCCGAUGCUGCAAUUAUUCCUAUUGGUCUUGGUGGGUUUGUUGCUUGUAGAGCCCUCUCUCAGCGCAACGAUAAUCCAUCCAAAGCAUCACGUCCCUGGGAUAAGGAUCGGGAUGGGUUCGUCAUGGGUGAGGGGGCUGGGGUUCUCCUUCUGGAAGAAUUAGAACAUGCCAAGGCACGGGGAGCAAAUAUCUAUGCUGAAUUUCUAGGGGGUAGCUUCACCUGUGAUGCUUAUCACAUGACAGAGCCUCAUCCAGAAGGUGCUGGUGUGCUACUUUGCAUAGAGAAGGCUUUGGCUCAGUCAGGAGUAGAGAGGGGUGAUGUCAACUAUGUGAAUGCCCAUGCAACCUCAACAAAAGCUGGUGAUCUGCAGGAAUACAAGGCCCUUGUGAAGGCCUUUGGAAGCAAUCCCGAGCUCAAAGUAAAUUCAACUAAAUCUAUGGUUGGUCAUUUGCUGGGAGCUGCUGGUGCAAUUGAGGCUAUUGCAACCAUCCAGGCAAUCAGAACUGGUUGGGUGCACCCAACGAUUAACCUCGAAAAUCCAGAAAGUUUAGUGGACAUGAACGUGAUAGUAGGAGCUGAAAAGCAGAGAUUGGACAUCAAGGUUGCCCUAUCAAACUCCUUUGGUUUUGGAGGUCACAAUUCUUCAGUGUUAUUUGCGCCUUAUAUCGAAGCCAAUGAGGAAGAGUAAAAUGAGGCGUCCCUUCCUUUCUCCCCAGAUUGUACGAGUUCUCUGGCUUUUAACUCUAUAUGUUGAAAGAUUGAGGAAUUGGGACGGCUGGAUAGGCGCAUGAGAUUUAAUCGGAGAGAAAUUAAUCAGGGUAGUAUAACAUGCCCUUAACGUUGAGGCAACAUUGUCAUAUUUAUCAAGUUGUAAAUCAAAUGCUUGCACAUUUUGCUGGGUGGACAUCCCAAAUGGGCUGUGUUGUUAAGGA